AUGCAUCUGUACGGUGCUGAUAAGGUGAAUGCCGCAAGUUUAAGCUACAAGUAUGCCACCAAGUAUAUUAAAAGCAAUCCGGAUUCUCUGGACGUAGAAACGGCGUACAAAAAGGUCAAGAACAAAUACUAUGGAUAUUCUGCCAUGCACAUUUUACACAAGUUCAAUUUAGCUGACGACAAGUACUUAAAUCUGGUGACCCAGCCGGACACGCUGGUGGAAAAUCUCUACAUGGACCCGAGGAUUAUAAAGCAAGCCCAGUCAGUAAAUUUGGGAUAUCCAGAUAUAAAUAGAGCUGUAGAUUCCUUAGCGGAGUUAUUCGCACUGAAAAUAACGAAGAUGAGGAUCAGCCUUCUCAAUCAGUGGCUGAGCAAUUCGUCAGUUCUUGACUUGGAUACAACGUCGGUAUUUCUUCCGAAUAUGUCUACGCAAGUGAAAAACUUCGAUGGCGACGAUAAUUUGAAAAGAGCGAUCUAUGUUUGUGGAAGUGGAGACCUAGAAACGUGGCAGACUUACUUGCUGACUGUCGGGCUAUUUGAGGACAAAAACGAUGAACAGAAAAGCCUCUCGUUCAAAGCGAAGGCUCUGAAGUGUUUCUGCGCUAUAACUGACAAAGAAAAGAUUGCAGAGUUGACGAAAAUCAGCUAUCUGGAAUUUUUGGAUUUCGUUGACAAGCUCACAUUGUUGAGUGAGUUGGAGUGCCUCGGAAUAUCUUUGACCAUCGAAACUCUGGAUCAGUAUAACAAGAAAGAGCUGUUGAAAAGGCUGUCACAGAUUGGAAAACCUCUGGCCAUCAAGAGCAUGGGCUCUAUUUGCAUGACUUAUUUUUUGGACGAGAAUCGAUAUUGGGAAUAUAUCAUUAAGAAUUCCAUUAAACUUAGAAUGGUAGAAGAAUUGAAAGUUUAUGUAGACUAUUUGAAAGACAACUGUGAUAAGAACUAUUUUAUCAAGGCCUGGCAGGUCAUCAUCGAAAAUGCGUUCCAGCAAACUAAGUGUUUGACCGAUGACGAACUGGAGGAGAUGUGUAUCAAGAAUUUUUUGAUGAUCCAGGCCUGUCCAGUAUUAUUCUAUUUGGAUUUCGAGAAGAUCAUACAGUUGUGCCUAAAUUUAAGAAAAUUUGAAUACGCAGCAGUAUUACUCCAGUACUUACCGGAAGAUAAGAAGACUCUUUAUUCGGAGGAAAUUCUAAAAUGCGAGACUGUUCUCAUGGAUUUGGAGAAUUUGGACAAUAAAGGAAUAUGGGGGAUACGAAAUAUUAAAAAAUGGCUGGGAGAGAAGGCUGGCAGGAUAUGUUAGGAGAAUAUAAUAGAAAGAUCUGUACAUAAAUUUUAUUUUUAUACUAAAUAAACCUAAGAACACUGUUGAA